AUGGCUACUUUGCUGUUCCUCCUCAUCCUCUCCACCCUGCUGGGCAAUACUCUUGUGUGCCUGUCUGUGGUCAAAUUCAGGCAUCUGCGCUCCAAGGUCACCAACUUCUUUGUCAUCUCGCUGGCUGUCUCUGAUCUCCUUGUGGCUGUGCUGGUGAUGCCCUGGAAGGCCGUCACGGAGGUGGCCGGCUUUUGGCCAUUCGGUGGCUUCUGCGAUGUCUGGGUGGCCUUUGACAUCAUGUGCUCCACGGCGUCCAUCCUCAACCUGUGCAUCAUCAGUGUGGAUCGCUACUGGGCGAUCUCCAGCCCCUUUCGCUAUGAGCGGAAAAUGACCCAGCGGGUGGCGUUUGUCAUGAUUGGGGUGGCUUGGAUGCUCUCUGUUUUGAUCUCGUUCAUACCCGUCCAGCUGAGGUGGCACAAAGCCCGUGAGCUUCUUCCAGCCCGUGAAAUGGGCCCCAAUGUCACCUGGAGCCCUGAGGGAAACUGUGACUCCAGCCUCAACAGGACAUACGCUAUUUCCUCCUCUCUGAUUAGCUUCUACAUUCCUGUUGCUAUCAUGAUAGUGACGUACACCAGGAUCUUCCGCAUUGCCCAGAGGCAGAUACGGAGGAUUUCCUCUUUGGAGAGGGCUGUGGAGCAUGCUCAGAGCUGCCAGAGCCCCCACGGGUGCCCCCAUGACGUCACCUUGAAGAACUCCUUCAAAAAAGAAACCAAGGUACUCAAGACCCUCUCGGUCAUCAUGGGCGUCUUUGUCUUCUGCUGGCUUCCUUUUUUUAUCCUCAACUGUGUGGCCCCAUUCUGUGAACCCAAACAUCACACACUGGGGAAAUUUCCUUGUGUUAGCGAGACAAUCUUCAACAUCUUCGUGUGGUUUGGCUGGGCGAAUUCUUCCCUCAACCCCAUCAUCUAUGCUUUCAAUGCUGACUUCCGGAAGGCCUUUGCAACUCUCCUGGGCUGUGGCCGAUUCUGCCCCAGCAAUGCGGUGGAGACGGUGAAUUUCAGCAAUGAUCUGGUCUCGUACCAUCACGACACCACCUGUCAGAAAGACUUGGUCACCUUGAGUUAUCCACACCUCCUCCCCCAUGCAACCUCUCUUCAAGGGGAGGACAAUGACCUGGCUUGUGAUAAGGGUUCCCAAACCUCUCCCAAUAAUGCUGCUGUCUUGUCUGCUGUAGUGCAUACGGAGCGCGAGACUGACUUAUCCCUGGAGAAGAUCACACCGUUCACCUCUCAUGUGUUGGACUGA